AUGUCGUGCACGGAGCUGCUGACCAUGUGCCUGCUCCGGCCCAAGGCUGUAGCCCGUGAGGCCCCUGCAGCCCCGGCCGUUGUCCCUCCUGCGGCCUUCGCUGGCCUUGGUCUCUUCCAGGACGUCUUCCGGAGAGCAGAUAAGAACGAUGAUGGGAAGUUGUCCUUUGAGGAAUUCCAGAAUUAUUUUGCAGAUGGGAUUCUCAGUUCUGGGGAACUCCAGGAGCUGUUCAGCAGCAUUGACCGGCAUUACUCAGACAAUCUGGAAACUGAGAAGCUUUGCGACUAUUUCUCAGAGCACCUGGGUGCAUACAGACCCGUUCUGGCUGCCUUGGAGGCCCUGAACAGCGCAGUGCUUGCUGCCAUGGAUGCCACCAAGCUGGAGUAUGACCAUGCAUCCAAAGUGGACCAGUUUGUCAUGCGAUUCCUCCUCCGAGAGACAGUGGAUCAGCUGCAGGCCCUGCAGGGCUCCCUGGAGGGAGCCUCAGACACCCUGGAGGGUCAGGUGGGCGGCCCCCGGAUGGAUGUGCUCAUGCAGAAAGCAGAGGAGUCAGGCCGGCCCCGGGCUGGCAGGCGGUCUGGGCGCCGGGCCACGCGGAGCAUCUGCCUGUCUCCCAGCAUCCCAGUUUGUGGAAUUCUGAACACAGGGCUAUCUGUGGAGACUGACAGUCACUGGACGGUGCAAGUGAAUCGCUUACAGCAGCUCAUAGACCAGUUGGAGUGUAAGCAGACGGUUCGGCUGGAGCCCUUAACAGAAGCCAUAGUUUGCAAAGCAGCUGACUCGCACAUCUUGGUGGUGCAGAGGCGGGUCUUGGUGGCCAAUGGUGCCUUGCAGGAUUUCCAGCGUGCCCUCUGCUGCUACACAGACUUCACAAGUGCCAAGAACAGCUGCCUCCAUGUGUCAGUGCAGAAGAUGCCAGAUGAAGCCACUUUCAUUCUGUUUGAGUUCUGGAAGGACGAGGCCUCCUGGAAAAGUCACUCACAGACAAGCUGUUCCAAGGCUUUUCAGAGGGUUCUCAUUGACCACCUGCAGACUCCGGAGAUCUUGACCACCAUGCUCUUUCCGGCAUCCUGGUGGAUCAUGAACAAUAACUGAACCCUGGGCCAGCCCCUGGUUUUAGGAUGAAGGUUGCCUCUGCCCAGU